UUAUUCCCGCCCAAACCGCAAAAAGAAAACUUCUUAAUUUUAAAAUAAUUAUAAUGUAAAUAUAUUAAACUAAAUAAUUAAAUGUAAUAUAGUUAAAAUUAAUAUCAUAUGAUUAAAUCAACAAAAAGGUAUUUUGGUAAUUUGUUUACUAAACUCAUUUGAAUGAAAAUAAAAAUAAAAGAACAAACAUAAGAUCUAUUUAGAUAAUUCAUCUGGAUGAGCUAUGUGGAUGGACAAACAAACAAACACAAAAAUCUGAAUAAAUCAUCUGAAUAGAUCAUACAAAUGAAUCAUUUGGAUGGAGAUGACAAAUGAUGAAACAAACAGCCCCUUAAUGAAUUAACAUCGAGCUGUAAAAAAAUUAGCCCAAACUUAAAUAACAGAACAUCCACUUCGAACCUGUUAUACGUCCCGCUGACUAUUAAUUUUCAUCGGAGUUUUAUAACCCGGUUUUGAAUAAGUAGGCGAAAAAACAGAUUGAAAAUUUAAUCGGGAUUUCCAGGUUUGUGGAGGCAUCACCACCCAUAUUAGAGCUUUAUUUAUUACUGUAGACUGUAGUGUCAACAAACAGAAUUUUGGUUGAUUUAGACCGGAUCUAAAACAUUUUUGGAGCUAUGCUCCUUGACCAGACGAUUGAAGAGAAGUAGGCAUGGGCAUAAAAUUCGGAACCCGACCCGAACCAAAAAACUCGAUCCGUUAUCCGAUCUGAAAUGUAAAAUACCUAAACGGGUCAUGUAGGGUGGUAUAAAAAAAUAUCUAAACCCGAAGUGUUAUUAACCGAACCCGAACGGGUAACCUGAAAGAUCCAAAAUUAAUAGUCAAUAUAAAUAUUUUGAAAUAUAUAUGUUUUUCAAUUAUUAAAUUCAAUAUUUGUGGUAAUAUGAUAUAUAAAAUAUAAAUAUUUAAAUUUUAUAAAAUACUUUAAGUAUACAAUCAGUUAUAAAUAAGUACUUUAUAGUCUGCUCAUUGAAAUAACAAGUCUAUUCUCUAUAAGGUAAUGCAUAUUGUAUAUAAAUGAUGUUUGUUUUCAUGCUUGAUUUAACUUUUUAUUGUUAUUUUAGUAAUUUUAUGUGUGAUAGAUAAAUUUUUAUUUAAUUUAGGUGUUUUUUUAUGUUUUGUUUUAAAAUUUUAUUUUUACUUCGGUUAUAUCCGUACUGAACCGAUAUAACCCGGAUCCGAACGAUAUAUGGUUACUUUAUGGGUUUUAAGAUGCAAUACAAUUUUGAACCAAACCCAAAGUGUUAUUGUCCGAACCCGAUCCGUACUAAUAAAAUUUUAGUAUUGGACCUAGGAGCAUAAACCCGAAAAUCCGAAAAACCCGAUCCGAACCGGAACGCCCAUGUCUAAAGAGAAGAACAAAAUAAACUCAUACGUACAAUUAGUUGGUACUUACCACAACAUGUUGAAUAUGUAAGUCUCCUAAGAUGACUUUAAAAGAACUUAAAGGGUUCAUAUGCAAGGACUCCGACCAUAUAGGACGACGACCUACAACAAUGCUACUUUUUUACAAUAUAUAGUUAUGUAUUGUUUUUGGGCUAUUUACUACAACAAAGACAUUACUGAUUAUAUGUCAGAUUCGCUUACUAUACGAUUUCUAGAAUAUAGAGAAGUGAAAAAACCCCAAGGUUUCAAAUUCGAAGUUUUUCUAUAUGUUUAAGUGUAUAUAUUAUACAUAUUAACUCAAAUCAAACAUAAAUAAUCUUACCUAAUCUAAUAAAAAGCUAACUGACCUUUCCGACGUCCUAUAUUGUUAUAGGAACACAAGAUUUUAUUAUUCAAAAGGAAAAGUGUUAUUGUCAUAUAUAUGAACUAAUGUGUGAUUCAGCUAUCACUUCCCAAAGUCCUGUAUAACAAUGUUUAGGAUAAAAAAAGUCCAGCUAAUCAGACUACACACUUUACCAAGCCUCGUUAUCAUGAGGUUCGAUUAAAAGAUUCACCGUCGGAUAAAUAAUUGGACCGAACAAUGCGAAUGAUAUGCGCUACUCCAUUGGAAAUUAUGGCCCAACCCCCAGAAAACGUUUGCAGAUUGCGCUAACACUUUUGAAAUUGUUGGCCAUUUACUUGACUUCGUAUCGUAUAGAAAUUAUACCAACGAAAUUGUAGCAAAACUUGCGUUAGAAAAUUCAAGAAAAUAUGCCACCACGCAGUUCAUAGUCUAUAUAACACCACCUUCUAAUACACUUUUAUCGGCAAAGUCAUACAAACCCAUACCUUUUUGUAAUUAAAAAAAAACAUUUCAUACAUUUUCUCUUUGCAAGAAUGGCUUCGAUCACUAUCUUGAUCCUAGCAAUUAUUUUGAGUUCUAGAACUUCAGGAGCCACUUCUCGUGGGGGACUCUUUGAAGCUUCUACUGCCACGGAUAAACAUGAGCAAUGGAUGUCUCGUUUCCAUCGUGUUUACUCCGAUGAGUCUGAAAAAACAAAUAGGUUUGAGAUCUUUAAGAAGAACGUGGAGUUCGUCAAGAACUUCAACAUGAAUACAAACAUAACGUUCAAGUUGGAUGUCAACCAAUUCUCUGAUCUCACCGACGAGGAGUUUCGGGCGAGGUACAUGGGGCUAGUGGUACCGGAAGGUAUGACCAGUAUAAAUUCAGAAAAAACGUUGUCGUAUAGAUAUGAAGAUGUCAGUGAAACCGGUGAAAGCAUGGAUUGGAGAGAGGAGGGGGCUGUUACAUCCAUUAAGUACCAAGGCCAAUGUGGAAGUUGUUGGGCUUUCUCGGCCGUGGCGGCUGUGGAAGGCAUAACAAAGAUUGCUAAGGGAGAGCUCAUAUCGCUUUCAGAGCAGCAACUUGUGGAUUGCAGCAGAGACUACAACAAAGGAUGCGGCGGAGGGAUUAUGUCGAAAGCUUUCGAGUACAUAAUCAACAAUCAAGGAAUCACCACAGAAGAUAACUAUCCCUACCAGGGAUCACAACAGACAUGUGGUUCAAACACCCAAUCAUCUGAUUACCUUGCUGCUACAAUCAGCGGAUACGAAACCAUUCCAAGUAAUGACGAGGAAGCAUUGCUAAAAGCUGUGUCGCAACAGCCUGUUUCCACGGUGAUAGAUGGGUCAGGGGAUGCGUUUAAGUACUACUCAGGUGGGGUGUUUGAUGGUGAAUGCGGGACGGAGAUGAGUCAUGCGGUUGCGAUUGUUGGUUACGGGAUAAGUGAAGAAGGGACUAAGUACUGGUUGGUGAAGAACUCAUGGGGAGAAUCUUGGGGAGAGAAUGGUUACAUGAGAAUCAAGAGAGACGUUGAUGCACCAGAAGGAAUGUGUGGUUUGGCCAGACUUGCUUUCUACCCACUUGCAUGAGUCGGCUUACUCAAGAGUAACUGAGAAACCCUUAUCCAAUAAUUUUAUGAAACUAUAUUCUCAUGUUUUCGUUGCAGUCAUAUGUAUUUGGACUUAGUGUUGGUGGACGCAUUUUUUUAUGUUGGUGUGGUAUUUAUAAAGUUUGUAUGAGGAAAACAUUAUCAAUGAGUUAAGACUAUUAACAAUGAUAUAGAAAACCUGAUUGGUCUAAAUUUUACAAAGUUGUUUAAGGAUAACUGCUCAAGGGAAGCUAACUGGUAAUAUCAAAUAUUUAUACUCUUUAAUUAUUUAUACGUCUUUGAUAAUGUUUCCAAAACAUAGUUGUUAGCCAUCUAUCUAUUACCGUCUAUGUUACAUGAAAUCAGAACCAGAUAUACGUAAGUGGAAUCGUAUGAAAACACGGAAGAAAGAUUUUUAAGAAGAUUAAGAAGCAGGUUCGUAUUGGAAACGUAUAUAUAUAUAUAUACAUAUUAAAAAUAUAAGAAUAAUUUCAUAAAACAUACGACUAAAAAUUAUAUAAUUUGAAUUAAAAAAAAUCACUAAUUCAUUUUUAGUAAUUUUAUAUCCUUAAGCUGAUUUCAUACAUAGUUGUAAAAAUAUUAACAAAUUAAGUUUAUAAUAACAUAUUAUCCAACUAAUCAAAUUACUUAUUUUUAAUAUCUCACAAAUAAUUGACACACCAUUUUGAAUAUAUAUAUGCAAGAUCUCUUAAAAACUAUUAUGCACAAAGAUAAAUUUUUAAUAUUUGUAUGUUUUUUCUAAUUUAAUAAUAUUAAAUUUUAGAUUUAAUAUAAAAUAUAAACAUAAUAACAUAAUUUUAUAUUUUUACUUAUUUAUGAUAUUGGGUUUUAGAAACAGAAGCGUGAUUCCAAAGCGGAAGUAAGCUUCCAACAUAUUUGUAAAAAGGUUAUUUUGAAAACGUUUUGGAAUCGAGAUUCUGAAAGCUUCCACAAGCUUCCGAUUCUGAUUCUGAAGCGGAAAGUGGAUGUCUGAUGAAGGUUCCGUGGUACCUAGAAUACAUUAUUACCCAUUCGGUUUCGCAAAAUGUCACUUUAACAUUUUCACAUAAAUUAAAAAAUGAUUACAAUGUAUGUAUUUUGUUAAUUAUACAUAUUUAACCAAUAGUAUUUGAAAUAAAUAAAAUUAUUAAAAAAAUUAAUAUAUUUUUAAAAAUUAAUAUUAAACUUAAAAUAAGUAUAAACUAGAUUGAAAUUGUAAAAUGACAUUGUAUGUAUAACAAAAUAAUACUCUUUAUGAAACAGAAAAAGACAUGUUCACGUCUUAUUUUUUAUUGAUAGAAAUCUUGGAUCAAUAACUCCCAUGUACAGUUCAAAAAAACUCCUAUGCAAAUCUAUAUAUAUAUAUAUAUAUAUAUAUAUAUAUAUAUAUAUAUAAAUUUGGACUUUUCCCUUUUUCUGACAAGUGGUAGGGAGGUUUUUCGACACAUGUCCUCAUAUUAUUUUUUGUAGUUUAGAUCUUUCUUCUUUUAUAUUAUUACAAUUUAAUCCAUCAUUUUCUAAUUAUGCACUAUCAUUUUCACACUACCCUUCAUCGUAGUUUAAGAAUCUAUUUUAUUGGUCACUAAAAUUCAAGAAAUAAGUAAAAUAAUAUAAAUAUAUUUUAAAUGUUUAAUUUAUUCACAACUGAAAGUAUCAUAAACUUUUACUAUUUUAUUAUUUUUACUGUUUUCUAUUAUUUCUUACAAACUAUAUUUUUAUUAAACUAUUAAAAUCACAAAAUAACCAAAUUUAAACCUAAAAUCUCAACAAUCGUUGAGAAAAACAAAAUGUCAUAGUAAUACUAACUUAAUAAAGGUCUGGAGAGGAAAAGAGAUCAAGAUCGAAGACUAACUUACCUUACCAAACCAUAGAGUGUCUUAGCCAGAACAAAUAGAAAUAAAGAAGGAUAUAAAGAUAAAAUCUGAAACAAAGUAAUCUCUAGAACACAAAGAAGCUGUAUCAAGCACCAACAAAAUCAGCAAUAUACUGGUGCCGUCCUCGAGUUAUGAAAAAGAGCAUAGAAGUCAAAUCACCAAAAACAAGAUCUUAAAAACCAAGACGAGCAAUGACUAUUAACGGUAAGCCAACAACGAGAAAGACAACAUCAAAAGACGACUAAAUUCUGAUCCAACCCAAGGAGAUAUAGUUUCUAAAAUCAGCUGAAAUCUAAGGAAGAAGAGGAGCAUCCAAUAUUGAAUGGAACAGCCUAAAAUGACACGAGAAACAACCGCACAACUGGAAACUCCUAAACCCCGAUCUACAACAAAUACCAAAAGUCUCAAGGUGAAGAAGGCGAUAAAGAACAAGAGCAGGAGGUGAGUCUUUUUUGGUGAUGGUGAGAAACACCGCAUACCAGAAAGAUAAACAAAAUAUAUAGAUGUUGACGGCUCAAUGCCAAAAUAUGGGAAGAAGACAAAAAAUAUCUUAAAAGUUAUAAUUUUCAAAAAUAUGAAAAAUAUAAAAGACAAUUUUAUCUUAGAAUCAACAAAUACAUAAAUACAAAGUUAUUGAAAUUUAAUAUAUUUUUAUAUUAGAAGCUCACUUGACUACUAACAAGCACACAAAACAUAUUAUUGAAAAAAAAAGAUAAAAUAUAUUAACAUAUCACUACUACUACUACAUAACACAAUAAAAACACCAAAUAAUGUCCUUUAACAAAUAAAAGUGACCACAUAAUUACAUUAUCCGAAAAAAUCAUAUUCUUAACAACAAUAAAUCAAUAUUAUGCGCGAAGCGCGGACACCCUCUAGUCUAUAUUAUAAUGAGAGAGUUACUCUUUCCUGAAGGCGACACGUUAUCAUCAGGUGGGUCACACUUUAAAAAAGUGUGAAAAAGUGUCAAACCCAUGGUUCGAACCCAGAUUAUUGAGAUACAAACACCAAAAUUUAUACCACUAAUCUAAAAGAAAAUUUGUACAUUGAUGGCCGAAACUAAUAUAUAUUUAUGAAGGUCGGAAGCCCUUGCUUCUUCGGUUCUUCUGAGGGCUGGGCAUGCAAGUGUAUUAUGGGUUUCAUUUUUAAAUAGGAUCAUCAUGUUACAUGAAGAAAAAGCUACAAAGUUGUGUCGUGUGUCUGUUCGUAGUCUGUUUUUUCACCUAUGAACUCUUCAUCUCCCCAUCUUAAAUCGUUUGAUCAUAAAUGUUCCUGAUUUGUAGCCCAUAUGUAAACCCUAUAUAUAUGAUUCUCAUCUUUGAUGAACCCAAUUUGCAUCUCCACAAAACUUAUUGAUUCCUCUUACCUUUAACCAUCUUCUAGAAGAUGUCUCUCUGGCUCUCCAGUUCCUCAAACCGGCAUCCCCGACAUUCGUCACUCAACCUUCGAGUCUCUCCGUCUUGGUCAAAGUAGUCAGAGCAUAUCCACUGGCCUCCUCCGCUUCUGGGAUUCCCUGAACUUCAAGAAAGACACUGCGUUUAUGGGAAUCACGGUUAUUUUCCUUGAUGAAAAGGUAAGUCAAUCUUCGAUCUAUCAUACUUAUUUAACAUUAUUGUUUUUAAUUGAUUUCCUGAUUCUUUGUUGAAUAAUAUUAUUUGCAGAUUCCGUGAUUCAUGGGUUGAUUUCUGCUGGACGUGUUAAUCAUUACAUGCCAUCUUUGAAAGCCGGUUCCAUUGUGAAAGUCGUUCGUUUUGAGGUUGCUAGGUGCUCAAGCAUGUACAAUAUAAUUGAUCAUCUAUUCCUCAUUUGUUUUAUCCCACCAAUCAUUAUUGAUGAAGUCCUUACGGGUGUUCCUGAGAUCAAUCUCCAAUCAUGAUUAGAUUGUUCGACAAUCUCCAAGUGAUUACGAACACAAACCUAGAACUCCCAUGUAUAUUAUCAUAUUGCAGUUGGGUUUAUAUUAUGUUUCGAUAUCAUAACUGAUAUUUAAACUCGCAAAUGUGGUUGGGCAAAUCCGUUCUGUCCAGGACUAUGACCUCACCAAAGAAACAGCUCGAGUCGCUAUCCGUCUCCUUAUUGACCCGUAAGAAACAAUCAACACAAAUUCUCUCCAGAUUACUGUCUAUAUUGUGCUAACAUCAAUGAUCAAAAAUUUUCCUACCCAUGUGGUCGUCUAUUUAUCUCCCUUACUUAUCAAACUAAUUUCACACAAAACUUUAUUUUACAACUUAAAAGAAACCACAACAACCCAAACAAUCAAAACACCAAAAACUAGAAUCCCAAAAAAGACGAAUCAUUAAUGAUCACUUCUCUUUUUGUCUAAUCUUACAAAUAAACUUCAAAAUAAAUAUAACAAACCAAUCACCUCAACUAAAACUCAACGACACAUACAUCAAAUCAGCUAAACAAAUUCAAACUACACGGCCAACUAUUUAACAAUUUACAAACUUACUUUCGUAGAUGCUUACGAAGAAGACGAAAACGACAACCAAGAUCAGUAAAAUCACCUAAACAAAAAACAGAGCAAGUUACGAACUCUGAUAAAUACAACUAAUAACGAUUUUUGUUUACAUGUUACCCAUCAAAUAAAAGAGAAACAAACACAUGCACACCAAGAGAUACAAGAGACAAUCCUGACAGACACAAAUGCGGCAACAACAUCUCCACCUGUCCACUCUUCUUGUCUUAUAAAAAUAGCUUACGUGCCAAAUGUCAACAGGCUAAUGCUAUUGACUUCUUAUGAGAAAUACAUAAAUUCGUUUAAAACCCAUUAAGGCCCAAAUACUCAGAAUUAUCACUCAUUUUAUAGUUAUUUCUACAAGUCUUCAUGUAUUUGUUUUAAAUGUCCGGUAAAAGAAACAAGUUUAAAAAUAAAAAGACAUAUAAAAAACAUAAUAAGGAUACUAAAAAUUAUUACUUAAUAAACACAACUUAUACAACUAAACUAGAGAAAAAAAUAUCCAUAAACAAAAGGUACUUUCAACAACCUUAAUAUAAUUUAUGUACUCUCAAUAGUACAAAAAACAAAUUAAAAAGACAAACAAACAAUAAGUCUCAGUGACACAAUAACCAAUACCACGAACUAUAUCAAUCACAUUACUAACACAGUUUAAUCCUUCAUAAGUGGAGAACAAUGCCUACACAGUUCAUCAUCACAACUGUAAUAUUGUUAACUGUAAUCUUAUAACAAUAAAAAGCUUGAAAAACAAUGAUUAACCCAAAACGCAAAAUUCACAACUAAAAUAACUCUAGCAAAUAUUGAGAUGAAACAACAAUUUUGUCCGAAACCCCGCGUAUCCUAGUGUUUGAAUGGAAAGCAAAAAAAAAAAAUGGUUCCUCCGUCUAAUGUGGUACGACUGCCUUCAUAUUCCGAUUCAACUCAAAGAACAUGAUCCACUUGUGUUUCUAACAAAAUAAUGAGACAGUUCAAACAGUACAAGACGUGGUUUAUUUUGUGAAGCAAAUUCACGGUCCACUAGUAACAGUAGAUACAUUAUGGUUAUGGGUGGAAAAAGUGGAUCAAGCGUUGCAGAUCUGGCGGAUCAAGUGGAACGAGCGGAACAAGAGUGGUUCAAGCGGAUCGAGCGGUUCUAGAGUGGAUCAAGCGGAUCUAGCGGUACAAAACAUAUGUUUGAAUGGUGAAUAUGGAUAAAAACGGUCUAAAGUACUGUACAAAUUUAAAAUAAUUUAGAUAAAUUUUAUAUUACUAUUUCUAUUUUCAUAAUUAAAAGUAUUUACUUUAUAAAUAAAAUAAUUUCUAAAUAAAAUAAAUAUAAAUUUCUAUUCAAAAUAUAAUAUUAAAUUAAAAAAUUUCAACAUUUCAAAUAAUUAUACAUUGUAGUAGCUAUUAACAAAUUUUCAAUAUGUAAUACAAUAUAAAUCAAUAUAUAUUUAGUAUUAUAUGUAAAAUAAUUUUAAAUGACAGAUUGUUAAAAAUAAAAUAUGAUAUUAAAUUAAAGAUACACAUGAUAAAUAUGGUGUAAAUAGAAAACUAAAUAAUAUUUUAAUGAAAUAAGAUUUACAAGAUAAAAACUAUAAUAUUAUGUUUACAUA